AUGACAACGCAUUGGAGUCGACCUUUGAGCUGCACAUGGACAUAUGUUGUCGACACCGACCUACCGCCCGGCGUUUCAGAUCCCAUUGCCUAUCUGGAUUUGGAACCUCUUCCAGGGGCUUCGACUCUCUCUUGCUAUCCAGACGGCAUGUUCUUCGAUGGACGCACUGGAGUGUUUAGCCCAGCGACCUGCCCCUAUGGAUGGACCACUGUCUCCGUCUCCGUCAACACCGAGCGGAUGAAGACCGAGGACGAGGACGACGUAACCACAACGGCUCUAUGUUGUUCAUCCGAAUACUCCUGGGCGGGCGGGCACUGCAAACGUCAGGUUCCUACGGUUCUGGCUGUACCCAUCAUAUAUAACCGUACUGCAGCCACAUACCAAGUCUUGACCAAUUCAACAACUACCUUGUAUAGUGCUACUAUCGCCGUAAAUACCAUCCGCGCGCUCUUCAGAGAGCAAGACAAGCCACUCCUCGGGUUAACAGACGAUGAUGAUAUCGACGAUCAUAAGGAUGACGACCAGGGGCUGUCAUUAAGUGCCAAGAUAGGCAUUGGAGUUGGCGUGGCACUCGGCGGUUUGCUCGCCAUUGGAGCGGCUAUUUUCAUCUUCAUGUGGAGGCGAGAGCGAAGGAAAAAAGACUCCACAGGUCGAACGUCGCACGAGCUCAGGGCCGUGCAGAGAGCACAAGGGCGAAUGUACUCCCGCUCACACACACAGGUUCGUGCACGAGAUUCCGAACCUCCGCCCGCCUACGCCUCCGAGUCCGAAACCAACAACGCCGCUGAUACCGAUAGUGGCAGUACUGCAGUGAUCCGGGGCGGUGAGAUUCAAGUUCUAAUAGCCCAAAAGGCUGCUAUCCAACGACGCAUUGAAGAGCUGGAGAGGGUCUCAGGGGAAGAGAGUCGAGAUGGACCCCACGAGAGAUGA